AUGCCCGAUCAAGUGAGGGAUGAUGUCCCGGAUGACGGCCCGGCAAUUCGAUUUCGUCUGAUCCAACUGGACACCCUCAACAGUCCUCCCUCAGAAUCCUCUCCUCUCAGCUUGAAAACUUCCCCCUUCCUUCCCCGCGGCCAACAGCUGUACAAAGUUCCAGUGCUCAGGUUGUUCGGCGCGACUCAGGCCGGACAACGCGUUGUAGCUCACGUCCAUGGCGCAAUGCCCUAUUUCUACGUCCAGUUCGACGCUGGAAUCCUCCCUGACACUGUGCAUAGCUAUAUUCGCAGAUUAGGCGCUGCUCUAAAUUACGCAACCGCCGCCUCAUUGGGAAAGAUUAACAAGGCCAACCCCGCCGACCGAGGAAGACACCAAUACGUUGCCUACAUUGCUUUGUGCAAGGGCAUCCCGUUCUAUGGAUUUCAUGUGGGCUAUCGAUAUUUCUUGAAAAUAUAUUGCGUCCAGCCCAAGUUUAAGAAGCGCAUGGCCGAACUACUAAGGACAGGCAAGGUCAUGAGCCCCUCCGCUUAUUCGCAAGGCGAUCCGGCCAAAGGCACGCGACCCGGCGGAUUCAAAGUUUUCGAGGAACAUAUCCCAUUUCACUUGCAAUUCAUGCUCGAUCACAAUCUGUACGGAUGCGGUUGGGUAGAAUUAUCCAAUUGUGCUUUCCGAAGACCAUUGCCUGAUAACUAUGUCACUUACGAAGGGUCUCAAGGGCCCAUUUAUCUGGCGAGUAGCGUCCCAGAGUCUCAGAUGGCGCACGUAGACUUGGCAAAGUCUUCUUACUGUCCCAUCGAGCUGGACUGCACGGUUGCUGAUAUCAUGAACCGUCACUGGGUUAAGGAGCGCCAGUUGCAUCAAGAUUUUGUCGAGUUUUUGCAACAGCCGAUUCCAGAGGAUGAGAAGUUGGUCCAAAGCGUCAAGGAAUUGUGGGAAGACGAACGCAAGCGACGGCAAAAACGCGGCCAAACUGGGCCCGAAGAAGUGCGCGAAACUGGACCUUCGAGCCAAAGAGACUAUCCGAGAGGUGAACAACCUCAAUGGUUUAUGGAACCCAAUUUUCGCACUCAGAUCGAAGAAUUGAUCCGCAAGAAACAUCGCGAUCUAGCUGAUCAGCAAGACAUUGACCACCCAGCCGAGCCCGAGAUUGCCUUUAAGCACUUUGUCAAGCCCGAGUCAAAUCUGUCGAAAUUGAUCCCAACCACGUUCCAGGCCGUUGAUGCUAUUCAUGUCAACAAAUGGAUCAAGGACGAGCAAGAGGACAACCCGUAUGGUGUCUGGGCCAUCCAUGGAAUCGGCACUGGUUCGCCUGCUAAACCCGAUGGUAAGGAAAUCCCCAAAGAGUCGGUCGAUGCAGCGUUCAAUGAAGAAGCCGAGCUACAUCUUGGAAUCGACAUCGUAGCAAUUCAGUCUCAAAUGGAGAGCUACAAUGACGAUGGGCCAGACGACGAAAACGACGUGGUUCCUAAUCCGGCACUUGACGCAAUUUUCGAAGAGGGAGAGUUUGAUGAGUUGAAUUGGGACGAAAUUGAUAAUCCCGAUGCAAUUGGCCAGCGCGAACCCAGAGGACCUGACGCUGCUGGAUCAAAGCACACGACUCCUACCAAAUCAAAAAAUUCCAGUCGUUCUCCUGCAGUUUCACCUUCCAAACGAUUGCAAAAUCUCAAAAAGGAGUUCCAAUCACCCAGGAAACUCAAUCCCGACCAGCGCCUCCUUCAACCGGGUCGAAUUUCGGCGGAGUCACAGGGGCAUGAUGACGGAUUUGAUUUGCAAAGCGCCUUGAAACGAGAUAGACAGGAGCAGGACGAUGGGUUUUAUCAACCUAAAGCCGGGAAAAUGAUGCGCUUUGUUGAGCGUCUUGACCACACUCAUACUAAUCUCAAAUCAAACUUCUCACAUGACCUCCCGUCAGGCCAACGAUCUCGCCCAAUCGAAAACGAGCAAGGAUCUUCACGAGAGUUGCACAAGCUGUCCAGUAAUCGGACAAACCAUCAAAAAUCUGAAUCAGAUCAACCAGUAGAAGCCACCUUAUCACCCGACUUGGAUUCCCCUGUAACCAGCCAAUCAAUCAAUACAGACGAAAAAGCCAAGAUGAGGCUCGACUUUGCUAUCCUAACACAAACUCAGCACCCCACAAGAAGCAAUACAGAUACUCGAUGGUAUCGAUAUCGUACUCCUUGUCCGUCGACUGAGAAGCUCUUAGGAUCACUGAGCGAGUUUGAUUUGCCGAUGAAAAUCUACAAAGAUCCGUUCUAUUCGGAUCCCAAUGAUGUGCCCAAUCGGAAACGAGAAUAUGCUGGAAGACAAUAUACCGUCUUGGGAAGCUCAUUGUCAUUCGUCAAGGAGUUUGAGCAUGCGAUUAAAAGCUUUGGAACCGCCGGCCUCCUCUCGGGAAAGUCAGUCCCUAAUAUCCCCUCUUGGGAAUUCGCUACUCCUCCCCCAAAAUUAUCCGAUUUGAGGUCGACCCCGAUUAGCAAAUCCUCCAAAAGUUCCAAAGACUUCUUACUCGUUUCACAGAUCGAAGGCCCAACGCAGCAUAAUGGCGGAUUCAAGUUCACUCAAGUCAAAUCAAGCGCAACGGUUCAAGAAUCACAACACAUGGAUGUUCUUGCAAUUGAAGUGUAUGCUGACAGCACGAACGAUCGACGGCCUGAUCCAGCUUCCGACCAGAUUAAGGUACUAUUCUAUUGUUUAAAAACCGAACGUGCAGGUAUCGAACUGAAUCGAACCGACUCUGGCACUCGAGUCGGAAUCAUCAUGGUUGAUGAGCAUCAAGGCAAUACCCCACGAACGGCAGAACAACUCAGAUUGCCCAAAUACGCUUUGGAUCAAUGUUGCAUUGAGGUAGUUGAUACUGAAGUCGAAUUACUCAAUUCACUCAUAGACAAAGUCAGACAUUGGGACCCAGAAGUCUUGACGGGGUUUGAAUUGGAAAGCUGGUCGUGGGGAUAUGUGAUGAGACGGGGCUGUGAGCUAGACUUCGAUCUGGUUUAUGAGCUCGGCCGGGUCCGAUUUGAAUCCCAUGGCCGAUUUGCUGGGAAGGACGAUAAAUGGGGAUAUACUCAUGGCUCGUCCAUCAAGAUCACUGGUCGUCAUGUGCUUUCAAUAUGGCGUAUAAUUCGAAGCGAACUAGCUUUGACCCAAUACACAUUUGAAAAUGUAGUUUAUCACGUCCUACGCACUCGAACUCCCCAUUAUUCAUUUUCAACUUUGGCAAAAUGGUGGAAGGAUGGAACUGUAGAACACCGAAGAAGAGUCUUAAUGUACUACAUUGCUCGAGUAGAGCUCGACAUCAAUCUGGUGGAAGAAACCGAGAUCAUUUCACGCAAUGCGGAAAUUUCACGGACCUUGGGGGUCGAUUUUUUCUCCGCCAUUUCUCGAGGAUCACAAUUUAAGGUCGAAUCGGUCGUGUUUCGGAUCUCCAAGCCGGAAAACUAUGUCUUGCCGUCUCCCAGUCGAGAGGAAGUUGCAAAACAAAAUGCGGCCGAAUGCAUACCACUAGUAAUGGAGCCACAGUCGGCGUUCUACAAAAGUCCCCUCUUGGUUUUGGAUUUUCAGUCUCUCUAUCCUUCGAUCAUGAUCGCUUACAAUUACUGCUAUUCUACUUGCCUCGGAAGAGUCAGCUCUUUCAAAGGCGUCAACAAGCUGGGGACUUCGAUCCUGGACUUGCCUGAUGGUCUGUUAAAAUUGAUGAAAGACGAUAUAAUUGUUUCUCCCAACGGACUCAUGUUUGUCAAACACCAUGUCCGCAAAAGCUUGUUGAGCAAGAUGUUGAGCGAGUUUCUGGACACGAGGGUUAUGAUCAAACAAAGCAUGAAGUUCACCAAAUCCGAUAAGGCCUUGACAAAAAUGCUCAAUGCGAGGCAACUCGGUCUUAAAUUCAUUGCGAAUGUGACCUAUGGUUAUACCAGUGCCAGUUUCUCUGGCAGAAUGCCCUGUGUGGAAAUUGCAGAUGCUAUCGUUCAGACUGGAAGGGAAACAUUAGAAAAGUCGAUGGAAGUCAUCCACAGCGUCAAGGAGUGGGGUGCCAAAGUAGUGUAUGGUGAUACAGACAGUUUAUUUGUGUACUUGCCAGGGAAAACAAAGGAAGAAGCUUUCAGGAUUGGAAAUGAGAUGGCAGACGCUGUUACCAAGAGAAACCCUGCACCAGUUAAACUGAAGUUUGAGAAAGUUUAUUUACCAUGUGUCUUGAUGGCGAAAAAGCGAUAUGUUGGGGCAAAGUACGAGAAUCUAAGCGAUACUGAGCCUGUGUUUGAUGCGAAAGGCAUUGAAGUAGUCAGGCGCGAUGGAAUACCGGCGCUACAAAAGAUACAAGAAACCUGUCUAAAAAAACUAUUCGCAACUCAAGAUCUCUCGGAUAUCAAGGCGUACCUUUACCGUCAAUGGCAAAGACUAUUGCUAGGCAAAGUCUCCAUCCAAGAUUUCACCUUUGCCAAGGAGGUCAAAUUAGGAACUUACAGCGAGAAGGGUCCACCACCACCAGGAGCUCUGAUUGCAGCCCGGAAGAUGGCAAUAGACCCGCGAAGUGAACCCGCUUAUGCCGAGCGAGUACCCUAUGUUAUAGUCAAGGGGGCACCCCAGUCUAGGUUAAGAGAUCGAGCUGUCUCACCGGAAUUGCUUUUACAGAACCGUCUUUUAGCGCUUGACGCGGAGUAUUAUAUCAACCGAGUCUUCAUUCCAGCUCUGUCUCGGAUCUUCAACAUCAUCGGAGUGGAUGUCGCGGCCUGGUAUCAGGCGAUGCCCAGGAUGAUCCGGGUGUCGAAAUCGGGCGGGUUGCUCGAUACUACUCGUAAAACAAAUCCCAGCUCCAAGAUUCCGGAAAACCGGCCCGCGGAGGCUGUCGAUAAUCGACCGAUAGAUCGGGCGCAACCGUCUAGUAAAUCAAACAAACUCUUGGUCGAUGAACAUUUUCGAAGCGACAGGUGCUUGAACUGCGAAAAGGAAGGCCAAAAGGGGAUUUUGUGCGAAAGUUGUGGACGAGAUCGGACGGGAGUGGCAUGUUCAUUGAUGAGCAAGGCGAGAUUGAUCGAAAGAAAGAGGAGCCAGAUCGAGCAGGUUUGUAGAAGGUGCGCAUCGAUCCCGCCGAUGGAAACAACGAUCGACUGCGAUUCCUUGGAUUGUUCGGUGCUCUAUGAGCGCGUGAAAGCCAAUUGGGCCGUUCAAGAUAGCCGCAACUUGGUCGCCGCCGUCGACCACAUCGAGCUGGGGAAAAAUCUGAACCAGAUGUCCUCAUUACAGUGGUGAAUUGUUGCUACCCUGCAGCCGUCUCCAAGAAACGUCUUCGAAAAAAAAUUGGCAAUCGUAAAUAAAGUGGCUAUGUCGAAAUGUAUCCUGUUCCCAAUUUUUUUUUUUUUUUCAAAUUUUCUGGAUUUUUUGUCUGUAUCAAGAUUGGAUGUAUGUAUGCUAAAAAGUGGUUUACCUAUCUGCUGUUGGGCUAUAAGAUGCUUUUAUCAGCGCUAGUUUGCUCCAUUCGGA